AGGGAGGGGAGGGCGGAUUGGGCGUAGCCAGGCUACGGUGGUGGCUCUGCCUGGCCAAUCGGCGCCCCGCAGCAGGCAGGACUCCAGCCAAUUGUGGCUUGCAGUUCUGCUCCGGGGCAAAGCUGGGUGGGCCCGAGGCCAGAAGUAGAGGCCCCAAGGAGUUGAGGGAGGCCCCAAGUCAGCUUUGGUGGGUCGCAACGGUGCUGACGUUCCGGGGAAGUGGUCGUUGAGAACCUGCAGCUGAGGGCAUCAUGGUAGGAGGCUUGAAGAGGAAAUACUCGGAUUUGGAAGGGGAGGAGGAGGAUGAGAAGUGGGACUGGAGUCCAGCUGGCCUUCGCAGCUACCAGCAAGCCCUUCUUCGCAUCUCCCUAGACAAAGUCCAGCACAACCUGGGUCCCCGAGCACCCAGCCUGCGAAGGCAUGUCCUCAUUCACAACACCCUCCAACAACUCCAGGCUGCACUUCGCCUGGCUCCUGCCCCAGUCUUGCCCCCUGAGCCACUCUUCCUGGGUGAGGAAGAUUUCUCCCUGUCAGCCACCAUUGGCUCUAUCCUCAGGGAGCUAGAGACCUCCAUCGAUGAGACCGAGCCUCCUCAGAACCCAGUGGUUCCUGCAGGCCUCCAGAAUGAAUUGCCACCCCAGCCUGAUCCAGUCUUCUUAGAAGCUCUGAGCUCCCAGUACUUGGGGGACUCUGGCCUUGAUGACUUCUUUUUGGACAUUGAUACAUCUGCAGUGGAAAAGGAGCCUGCAUUGGCCCCGCCGGAGCCUCCUCACAACCUCUUCUGUGCUCCAGGGUCCUGGGAGUGGAAUGAACUAGAUCACAUCAUGGAAAUCAUUCUUGGGUCCUAAAAUUUUGAUGGAUGGGGAGGAAUCCUUCUACUCAUCAGCCUUGGUGGGCUGGAUCCCUGUAUGCAACUUUAAUUUGGGUGGAGGCUCUAUGCAGUGUCUAUGGCCUCCUCUCCUCCCAUUCAGGGUUCCACAAACUGUCUUGCAUGUGUGUGUCUGGUGACCCCAGCCUUCUGUGAAGGUGGGUCUUCCUGAAUUAAUUUAUCUGUUCCAAAUGCCUUAACAAGACUCUAUUUCUGGGAGUCUGAUUUUCCAAUUACAUGUUUCUUUUGCCUUUCCCUUCAGUUUCUGCUCCCCUUGUGACCACUGGGGCCUCAGGGAAGAUAAAGAAAGCUAGGCCUGUCAAAGGAUGACAGGGAUGUGCUGCCAGGUUGCUAUGGAAACCCAGGCUCUGCCUCUUGCACCUUGAGGGAGUGGGAGGAGCUGGUCUCCUCCUCCCAAGCUGAACCCCACUUCCUUGGCAGGACCCCAGUCCCAGCAGCCUCCUGAUUCAUAACCAGGCCGGACCACGUGCAAUAGGGUAGAAACCAAACUGCUCCAUGAUGCAUUAUUUAAAAGAAAGGCAGGGUUUGUGGUGGCUUUUUUGUUGUUGUUGUUUAUAAUUUUUUUUUUUAAUAAAAGCAUUUUGGAAGGAG